CCAGAGCAUUUGCUCCCUCUGCGUCUCUAAUACGUCGCGAUCUCCAGAUCCAAAGAAACCCACCGAUGCUCGCGCAGUGCCCUUCAAGUAUCGCCGAACGCUACCUCAAUUCGAGAAUUACAACAUGAGCGAUUCCUCGGAAGACGACCAGCCAUUCAAUCUUCGCGACUACGAUGAUGAGGACACGGACGACGAAAGACCGAGCAAGCGUAGAAGGACGAUGAAGACACUGCGCACUCGUGGAGUAGGGUUUGUCCAGUCAACUACUCAAGAGGGGGAAGAAGAUGAAGAGGAAGAUGUCGACGACGAAAAACCCUCCAUGGGCAUGGGAAUGGGUGCGGGCAUGGGCUUGGGGCCUGGAAUGGGUGGCUUUCGAAGUUCCUUCAAUAUAGGCGAAUACAGCGCACAAGAAGAACCAGAAAGUCCUGCUGCUCCACCAGACAUGUCUCCUCGAGAGCAAGUGGAGAAGACAGGUGGUGCUGGGCCUUCAGCGUUUGGGGCAGGAGGGAGGAUACAAAAGAACUCUUUUGCCGCACGAAUGAUGGCUAAAAUGGGUUAUGCCGAAGGCCAGGGUCUGGGGAAGGCUGGACAGGGUAUUACAGCACCCAUCCAAGCAAAAGCCCUGCAAAGUCGUGCUGGCCUCGGCCAGGGAAGCGGCACAGCUGAACCGCCUCGCAGGAAAGAGCCGGGCAGAGAGAAGACCUCUUCCAAGCCAUCUACACCAGGGACGAGUACGCCACGCAUCAAAGCGGCCCCAAAAGCCAAAUAUGCUGUGGCAGCAAUCGAGUCCCGGGGUCUGCAUAUUCCGGAAGCCAUGAAACAGAUUAUUGUUGACGCCACAGGAUCAGAGACCAAAACUGUGACAUCUAUAUCGGGGUUUUCGACUCCUACACGGGAAGCAUCGCCUGGUUUGGAAGCCGUCAAAGCCACCUCCCGCAUCAAGCUGCAGUUGCAAGCAUUUGCAGAUGCAUGGGAUUCUACCAAAGAACAGGAGGAUCGUCUUGAGCUUGAAGACACCCAACUCGGGGCAGCCCUAACACUCCAUGAGGAAGAAAUACAGCGCUACAAUGACAUAAUAUCAGCCUUUGAGCGUGUGGCUGUUGACGACUCCAAUGAGUUUCGAGACUGGCAAGCCUCCAUAGCUCGACUUCGAGACAUUCAAGGCCGGUAUGCGGAUGACAUUUCCGAGUUGUCUCUUCCAGAGCUGGCGGUCUCCUGUCUAGAAUCGCCGUUUCGGCGCGAGAUGGCUGAGUGGGAGCCGCUUUCCGAGCCAUCACACCUGGUCGAAUCAUUACAAUCCAUCAAUCACCUCCUUGAAAUCGAGAAGUCGACCACUUCACGCCACCGCAAGCGCACAUUCCCCUUUGAAUCUCUGUUGUUGCUACAUUGGUAUCCUCGGAUCCGGACAGCUCUGGGAAAGGAGUGGGAUGUAUACGACCCUGACCCUGCAUAUACACUCAUCACUUCCUGGUCAUCGAUUCUUCCGGCCUGGCUUACUUAUAGAAUCCUACAUGAGGUCGUGCUGCCUCGAUUGAUCGAAGCCGUGAAACGAUUUCCCAAGACUGUUGAGUCAACGACCAUUGGCCUCAGCAACGGGUCGCGGAAAUCCAAGAAACCUGCGCCAGACAUGCACACUUGGCUAUUUGACUGGUGGACCCUGCUAUCCUCCGAGGAUCUCGACCUCGAACGCUUUGGGGAGCUCAAGUCGCUCGUGAAAACCAAGGUCGAUGCCGACAGCUGGGCGACGUGGAAACCACUCCUUGGUUCCAGGCGGCAGAAAGCUCUUCCGCCUACUCGAGAAGUCCCGACUGCAGCACCGUCCGGCGGCACUGCGGAUAUGGAGGAAGUCUCGUUCAAGUCUAUUGUCGAAGACUGGGCAUCCGAGAACAAUCUGCUGCUGCACUCAUCCCACAAGUCGGAUGCAUUUGGACGGUUGCUGUAUCGUUUGCAAGAUGCCGAACGGCGCAGCAGAGGCGUCUUGGUCUACCUUGCAGAGGAUGUCGUCUUUGGCGAAGACGGCGAGCCGUACGCUCUGGAUGACAAGUUGGUUGCAAAGGCGAUGGGCCGGUAGCGGUAGAGGAUCCUUUUUGGCGGUGUUGGAGGAAAGAAGCAGGGUCAACUACCAGAUGACAACGGGGGCUCAAUGAACUAUAAUAUUCACUGCGAGAGCGAAACAAAAAGUCUAGAUUACUCUGCAAGUCUGAAAAGCC